GCGCGCGGCCCCUCCCCGCGGGCACAUCUGCCGGCGGCGGGGGGCGGCCCCGGCGGGCGGGAGGAGCGCGGUCGGCGCAGCCCCGCCGCAGCCGGGGCGGGCAGAGCCGGCGCGGCGCGGAGGGGAGCGACGGCCCGAUGGGGCGGCCGGCCGGCAGCCUGGCCCCGCUCCGGCUGCUGCUGCUCCUGGCGCUGGGACACGCCUGGACCUACCGGGAGGAGCCGCAGGACGGCGACAGGGAGGUGUGCUCCGAGAACAAAAUCGCCACCACCCGGUACCCUUGCCUGAAACCCACGGGAGAGCUCACCACCUGCUUCAGGAAAAAAUGCUGUAAGGGUUAUAAGUUUGUUCUUGGACAGUGCAUCCCUGAAGACUACGAUGUCUGUGCUGAAGCUCCCUGCGAACAGCAGUGCACGGAUAAUUUUGGGCGAGUCUUAUGCACUUGCUAUCCUGGGUAUCGCUAUGAUCGGGAGAGGCAUAGGAACAGAGAGAAGCCUUACUGCCUGGACAUUGACGAGUGUGCCACGAGCAAUGGGACUCUGUGCUCUCAGAUCUGUGUCAACACCGUGGGCAGCUACAGGUGCGAGUGUCACGAGGGCUAUGUCCGGGAAGAGGAUGGCAGGACAUGCACCAAAGGAGAUAAAGCUGGGCUUCCUGAGAAAUCUGAAAAUGUGGCAAAACCAGGGACAUGCUGUGCCUCUUGUAAGGAAUUCCAUCAAAUAAAGCAGACAGUUUUACAGCUGAAGCAAAAGGUUGCUUUGCUGCCAAAUAACGCUGCUGAUCUUAGCAAGCAAAUCACUGGUGAAAAAGUGCUUGCCUCUAAUGCAUAUAUCCCUGGCCCCCCAGGCCAGCCUGGCCAACCAGGCCCUCCAGGGGCUCCAGGACCUAAAGGGAGUCAAGGAGCUCCUGGACUACCUGGACCUCCUGGACAGCCAGGCCCUCGUGGAUCAAUGGGACCCAUGGGCCCAUCUCCAGAUAUAUCACACAUUAAGCAGGGCAGACGGGGCCCCGUGGGCCCACCUGGAGCCCCAGGGAGAGAUGGUAGCAAGGGAGAACGAGGAGCACCAGGACCAAAGGGGAUACCUGGCCCACCGGGUUCAUUUGAUUUCCUGCUGCUGAUGAUGGCAGACAUCAGAAACGACAUUGCUGAGCUGCAAGAGAGAGUGUUUGGACACAGGACUCAUUCAUCAACAGAAGAGUUUCCAUUACCUCAGGAAUUCACAAACUAUCACGACACAGUAGAUUUUGGAUCUGGAGAAGACUACAAGCCACGGGCAACGUCCAGAAAUGCCAGGAUACAGAAGGCAGACCAUCCUUAGCUAUUCCUACUGAAAAACAAAGCCUCUUUAGAAUUCUUCAAUAUAAAAAAAAUGCACUGACAAUGUAAUAAAUAUAUAUAUAUAUAUAUAUAUGUACAUAUAUACAUAUAUAUAUAUAUUCCCAUUUUUCUUUCUGCUUUUCCUGAACCAUGCUGCCUGUACUGUAGCUUUCCUGGUUCAUGGUAGCCUCCUUGCAAUAACGCCAAGCCUGCACUGUGCAUUGUACCUAGACUAUCAAAAAAGCCUUCUUCGCAUAUAAUAUGAUUAAGGCAUGCUCUAGCUAAUAACACAGACCACAGCAUUCCAUCUGCCUACUUUGCAUUCUAUGUCCAAAUGACCCAGUACACAAAUUUUGCCAGGGAGAGAGGGUUAGCUGAACAUCAUCCCUGAAUGAUGUUGAUAAAGAACGCCUUGGUCCACAGUUACUUUAUGAAUGCAAAUAAAUUAUACCACUGAACUCAAGUCUCCAGCUACUGUCCCCAGGCUUAGGAGAGUGUGAGAAGUGGAUCCCUGUUUCACAGCAGAGGCCAUCUGUGAGACAUGUCCUCUAUUCCACCUCAUCAAGGCAGAAAAAGGCAAAAAAAAAGUACAUUGAAGGGUUAAACAAGGGUGCUGCUGCUUGAUCGGGAGAUUAUUUGGCUUUGUGUUGCUAGAGUAUUGUUCAGAGACAGUCAAAAGAUGUGUGUGUCCUAAACUACUUUAGACACACACAAACACUAAUUUUCUUUACCAUUGUCCCACUGCUCAGUGUGAAGGCCAGUUUGCUUUCUCAACAGAUUCAUGUUGGACACAUUACACAAUGAUAAGCAAGAUAAAGGGGAUGUUUAAAGCAGGAAACCAAAUCAAAAGUGAAUCAAGCAGGCUUAUUGGCAAGAAUAGAAUAUACCCCAGCCUUGCAGAAAGAGUCAGGUUCUAACCUCCUGCAGGUGCAUGCCUUCCUUGGUGAAGUUCUGGAGUCUGAGUGAAAUCAAGACCAGAGGAGAGGCCUCAUGUUUGCAAAGAGCUUCCACCUGUUUUGUUCCUCUGCUGCAUGAGACCAACCUUAAUGGCUUUCACCAGACUGGAACACAGAGUGGCAGCAUGCUUGGCUGGGCGUAUGAGGAGUGUGAGUAGGUGCAGGAGUGCACAUGACGGAACUUUUCAACUGGUACGAGGUGAGGUACUGCACAUGGGAUCCUAUACUUGUGAAUGGGGAUAAAAGGGAGUGCCCUUUAUUUACACUGGAAAAUUGGAUGCACAAGUUAUACCAUACCUCAUGGAUGAUGUAUGUUGCCAUUUCUUUUGGAUUACCACAGCUGCUGAGGACUUUGCCAUGCUUAGAAUAUAAAGGAGUAUAUUAAGCACAAAAUUUCAAUGUUGUGUCUGUGUAGCUGCUACUUCUGCAGUAUGUUUAGUGUUCAGUAGUGUCCAUGUCACAAAUGCAAAGAAAAAUUUUUUACUUUGCCAUGUUUUUCAGGGCUUGCAUGUUCCAGUAGAAUAAACAGGUAAAAAUAUAAGAAGGGCCUUUUCAGAUAAUGUGUAAAGGUUUGGAUUCCCUUCCAUAUUCUCUGGGCCAAAAGAUAGUUGGUAUAGCAUCAGUACAGGUCAUGCUGCAUAAACAGCUGGCUGUCUAGACUUUUCCAUAACUUCUGUGUAUUGUCUUAAGAGGAUGUGUUCAUUCUUAUGGCCAUUUCCCAAUGUCUCACUGCCACUAAGCCACAAGCCAGGGCAUUAGCUUUUAAGAACAUGGGUGUUAUGUAUUUCUUUUCACAUUAUACCUGUAUCAGUAUUUACAAAGCAACACCUAAGGUGUGGGGAUAGCUGAAAAAAAUUAUAGUAAUCUAACCCUGUGGUCCUUGGGCUUCUCCCCUUUCUGGGAGGAGCUCUGCCAGCAGUUACAGAUCCAAGUAAUCUUGUGAAUCACAUACUAUGAGAGACUUAAGGAGGGUACCUGUGUCCAAAAGAGGGAUGGUCUUAUAUGCAGCA